AUGUUGCUCUGUGAGAUCACUCUUGAUAUUUCUCCAGUGAUCGCCUUUGAUGAGGAUCCUAUUGAAGAGCAACUGGGGAGUUUGGAAAGACAGAGGCUUAUUAUCAACCAAGAUGCUCUUUCACGGCUAAAGUUGCUCAACAAGUCUCUGCCUCAGUCCAAAUGUGUGGAGAAAUGUCACCCUGGAUUUGUAAAACGGGCUCGGAAAGAAGAACCAAUUUGCUGCUACGAUUGUAUUCCUUGUCCGGAGGGGACCAUCUCCACACAGGAAGAUACUGAAAAAUGCACCAAGUGCCCAGAUGACAAAUAUCCCACUGAUGACAGAAUCCAAUGUAUCCCCAAAAGAAUAACCUUCCUGUCCUAUGAAGAACUUCUGGGCAUCAUCCUGGUCUCCUUUGCUGUACUCUUGUUUCUAACAACAGGCUUUGUUUUAGUCAUAUUCCUUAAAUACUUAGAAACUCCCAUUGUCAAAGCUAACAACCGGGACCUGUCCUACAUCCUCCUGGUUUCCCUCUUGCUUUGCUUCUUGUCCUCCUUUUUCUUCAUUGGCCGACCAAGGAAAGCCACCUGCCUUCUCCGACAAACAAUAUUCAGUAUCAUCUUCUCAGAGAGAUCCAGUCCAAAGACCCCUCUGCAGCGGUUCGUCAGCCCGAGAUUUCGCAGGGCUCAUCAGAGCCCACUAAUUCCUGACUGUCUCACCACGACAUGCCCGGUCAAAUCUCCCUUGAGCUGA